UCAUGUAUUUUAAUGAAUUGACUCUUUUUACCACAAAGAAAAAAUUUAAAAAAACGAUACGUUUUAUUGUGGUCUAAUUAGUUUAAUGAAGGUAACAGAUAUGAAGAUCAAAAUCAUAUGGUUCGAUAGAGGAAAAGUAGAGCUUCACAAUGAUAUAAUUUUUAAUUAAUUAGAAUUCAUCGUUAUUGAGCUACGAUGCUUUUAAAAAAUCUCUAUGUAUUUGAAUGGAUUGACUCUUUUUACCCUAUCAACACAUAAGUGAGCUGACUCUUCUUACCCCAUGUGGAGUAAAAAGAGUCAAUCAAAACCACUCGACUCCCAUUUGAAUAUAUCUGGAAAAUCAACAUCAAUUUUUUGCACUAGUGUGUACAUAAUUACCGUCUCUACCAACGUAGUUAAUAUCGAAUUUGUUCAAUUAAAAAUGGAUGAGAAAUAGUGAAAUUACGAAGAAAAUUUCGUGCACUGACUCUCUUUAUCCCCGAAUACUAUAAUUCUUACUCGUAACAUUUAUUUUUUAACUUUGUAAAUUCUUAUUUUUCGCAUAGCGUCAAGAUGUAAUUUAUCUCGUAAUACCAACGACUGCCCAACAAGGAACAUUUUCGGCACUUGUUAUUGUAGCAUUUGUUCUAAAAACAAUUGAUAUUAUUCAUUUAAUUAUACAUCAAUCAAAUGUAGAUUUAUUUUUUAUCGAUUGGGAAAGAUCAAAAGGCGGAACUACUAAUUCUGUAUCGGUAUGGCGAACAUAUUUUAUAGCAAAUGAAUAUGCUGAAAUUCAAACAUUUAGAAAAAAUAAUGUGACAUUACAAUUAAUAUGCGUUCUCUUUUUUUUAAAAGUCAUUAAUCUUGAGCAAGUUGCCGUUGCUGAACCUGGUGUUACUUUAUUUCCUACAUCUGAUUAUUACAAACCAACUUAUAAUGGAAUAUUACGUGUUGGUAUUGCAUUUUCCAUGUUUUUAGCUGUUGGUCGUAGUCCUCAUGGAUCAGCCGAUGUGAACAUGAAAGAUAUGAUAAUGAAUUUAGAAAAAGAAUCACAACGUUUAUCCAGGGGACGUGGUCUAGAACCAAACAAAGAUCAACAAAAAUAUAUAAUGAAUAUUAGUACAACAUUUCGUUCACAAUUUAAUGAUUUGAUACAAUUCUAUAGGAAUAGAAUUGCUGCUCGUCAGAACAAAAAAGGUAACGAACAUGAAUCAGAAAUAAUUAUGAGUUCUUAUCAAAAUUUAAAUGAUUUUUUGGGUGCCUUUAUUGAUCAUGUAAGUAUUUCAUUUAUUUCAACAUUUUAUCAUUAUUUGUUUGUUGUAUUUAUUUCAGUC